AUCAAGGUUGGAAGGACACGCCCUUAACUUUGGAGACGGUGCAGUAGGUGCACGUGCUGCUGGCCCCCUUAUCUGUGCGGGAGAGCGAACCGGAGCGGUUCAGGGUGGGAACUUGUGCCCGCGUACUCUCUAUAUUUCUCCCCCUUUUCUCUUUUUUGGCGCAUCCGUCGUCGAGUUCAGCCCGCCGUACUUACCUCCCUGUUGGUCGGGAGACUGGGGAAUCCACCUGCCGGAGAGCAGACACACCUCGGGAUGGAUGCAUUGAAAUCCGCCGGCAGAGCGAUUAUCAAGAGCCCCGGAGUUCCUCGGCACACAUGGGGAACUUCAAAGCACGAAAAGUUGCCGGAGAACUGGACAGACACCAAGGAGACUCUGCUGGAGGGAAUGGUGUUCAAUGUGAAAUACCUGGGUAUGACCCUAGUGGGCCAGCCCAAAGGAGAGGACAUGGCCUCAGCUGCCAUUCGCAGAAUUGUAGCCACGGCCAGAGCCAGAGCUAAGAAGUUUCGGAAAGUGACACUGACAGUCUCACCGAAAGGUAUCAUCAUCACAGACACAGAGACCACAGACCUCAUAGAAAAUGUCUCCAUAUACAGAAUCUCGUACUGCACCGCUGACAAAACUCAGGAUAAGGUCUUUGCAUAUGUCUCUCAGAGUCAGUUCAGUGAGACCCUGGAGUGCCAUGCAUUUCUCUGCCAAAAGAAGAAGAUUGCUCAGGCUGUGACAUUAACAGUAGCCCAGGCAUUUAAAGUAGCCCUCGAUCUUUGGGAGAUUGCUCAGGAAGACAAAAGCAAGAAGGCCAGGACCUGCUGUUCUUGUGCAGCAAGCAACGGGCCAACAGAGACAACAGACACUCAGUGUGUUCCAGCAGAUCCAGAAGUACACAAGCCUGUUGGUAUGGAGGAGAAGCUCCGGAGGCCCUUCUUCUCUGCUUCACUCAGCUCGCCCUCACCUCGUAGUAACCCUACUCGAAGGCGACCAAUCAAACAUGACUCUUGGGACGUGGAGGAUGGAUUCGAUGAUGCUUUCUCAAGCAACGUGGAUGUAGAGAUGGAGACCGACUGGCCGAGUCCCGCUCCGAACCCAUCUCUGACGAUGCAGCUCUGAGUCCCCAGGAGGUCUCAAAUGAGAAUCUGUUGUCUAUUAGCAACAACGAAUUUGAGUAACAUACACCGGCAAUAGCAGCCCAACUUACAGCCGCAAAGAAAUUAGACAUAAAUCCUACAACGGGUCCCAAGACCAACACAGCAUACAUCACUGAACAGACAAAACAUAUCACAUUUCCUGGUGCACAACCUGAAUCAGAGAGGCUCUAUUUGAUAUCCUGUGGCUGCUUCAGAGAAGCAAGAAUUAAUAUCCUGAUAUUAUAAACUGCUAUUUCUAUGAAUGCCUGCCAGUCACCACACACAGUGCCGUAGUCAAAUUCUCAACAAACUGCCGGAUGAAAGAUGUUGCACAUUUCUACUCAAAAGAAGUACUCACGGAAGAUCAUAGGAUGAAUACCAUGUAUGGAGUCUCCUUUUAAUCUAAACUUGUAAAAAAAAAAAAAAAAAAACAGACAAUACUGUCACAUGUGGAUUCCACUCUGAUGAGGAUUUUCUCAGCAUCAUGAAGUCCAGACAUUUGUGUAUAUACGUUGUCAUCACUUUCUUGGUGUUUGCUUGUAACAGCUGCCAGUCUCAGCUGUCAGUGGAAGAAGUCCACCGUUAGAAGUCACAGCAGAAAUGGUACAAAUCUUCAGUCAUGAUAUUGGAUCAAUUAUACAUACAUUUUUAUUAUUUUUUUUAUCCACCUGUUAUCCAUCCAUCACUAUGACAACCGAGCAAUUUUAUUUACUGAGGGAGGCUGUCAGAUGUUGCUUAAAGCUGUAAAAAGUCAAGAAUGAACCUCAAGCUUAGUUUUGCCCUGUAGUGUAGACAUUUACAUUUGCUCUUUUCAUUCAGUCUCAUUACUGGGCUUAAAGAAAUGCAUUUAGUAAACUAGAGAUUAGGAGGCAGCACACUUGACAACAUCAGCAGCACACUUGACAAUUAUAGUUUGACAUUUAAAGGGGUACUGUAGUGAUUUACUGAUGCGUUUUCAUAAAGUCGGGAGACUCAAAAGAGGCGGAUUAAAAAAGAAUGAUCAAAAUUGAAGCCGCAAGAUAUAUCCUCCCCUGUACUCCCUAGUAUUGGGAGUACACUAAAACACUGGAUCCUACAUUUCCCAUAAUGCAAUUUGGUAGUGUUUUUUAUUAGAUUCUACUUGCCUGGUAAACACCCAUGUAUUUCAAACUCUGUGCUCCCAGUUUGUAAGGCAGAUGUUAAAAAUGUUAAGCCUCCAAGUCAAGAUAACCCCGAUGACAUCACUAUGACAUCAUCAGGGUUAUUUUUUCUGAUUUUGGAGUGCUCCCUCCAGAGCUACAGAAGUUACACAACUGUUUUCCCAGGCUGAGUACUACUAAUCAUGAUGAGCAAACUGACCUUGAUGUUUAAAAUCAACGGAGUGCCCCUUUAAGUUAAACAAAUCUUUAUCUGUUUUUUAAAAAUCUUGAGUUAAUUAAAAACACACUCGACAAUCUUAGUAUAGCGAUAAAUUCUGAUGAUACAGUAAUCAAAACUUAACCCACUGAUGACUAUUGCGCCUGCUUGCUUUGUGUUAACAAUGUCAAUAGGAUGUAAAUGUUAAUAAAGAGAUUGUGUUUGCAACGUAAACAAAACACGACCUUCCUCACUCAACACAACAGCAAACCUUUCUCUCGCAGAAACAGGCUGACAUUCCUGUAACAAUCAGUUUCAGCACUCUUCCUUAAAUGUAAGCAAAAUGUAAUGUUCGGUCGCCUCCUUCUUCAGUCACCUGCUACUGUACAUAAAGAUGUUACUGUCAAAGAAAAGCGAUGAUGUAAGGUUAUGAGGACAAUUGUAUGGCAAGGACAAACUAUUAUAGUAAAGAAACCUAUUUCCAUA